AUGGGUUGCUGUGAUUCCAAGUUCCUUACCGCCGAGACUCACCCAGAGAAAGUCUCGACCCACCAACAAGCCAACAACGCAGCCCGGGCCCAGACCCACCACCCGACUGUCCCCGCCGGAUCCGACCCCGAAACAGGCGGCGCCCCGCCCUUCUCGGAAUUCUCCUUCUCCGACCUCAAAACCGCCACCAACAACUUCAGCUCCGACUACAUAGUGUCCGAGAGUGGCGAGAAAGCCCCCAACGUUGUCUACAAGGGCCGCCUCAACAACCGCCGUUGGAUCGCCGUCAAGAAGUUCACCAAGCUGGCGUGGCCCGAUCCCAAGCAGUUUGCGGAGGAAGCUUGGGGUGUGGGGAAGCUGAGGCAUAGGAGGCUUGCAAAUCUAAUUGGGUAUUGCUGUGAUGGUGAUGAGAGGCUGCUUGUUGCUGAGUACAUGCCUACUGAUACUUUAGCCAAGCAUUUGUUUCACUGGGAGAAUCAAACCAUUGAAUGGGCCAUGCGUUUAAGAGUAGCUCUUCAUAUUGCUGAAGCUUUAGAUUAUUGUAGUACUGAGGGCCGUCCAUUAUACCAUGAUUUGAAUGCUUAUAGGGUUCUCUUUGAUGAGGAUGGUGAUCCACGUCUUUCAUGUUUUGGCUUGAUGAGAAAUAGUAGGGAUGGGAAGAGUUAUAGCACAAAUCUGGCCUAUACACCACCAGAGUACUUAAGAAAUGGAAGGGUCACUCCAGAAAGUGUUAUCUACAGUUUUGGAACUGUCCUUUUAGACUUGCUAAGUGGAAAGCACAUCCCUCCAAGUCAUGCUCUUGAUAUGAUACGGGGUAAGAAUAUCAUUCUCUUGAUGGAUUCACAUUUGGAGGGAAAUUUUUCUACUGAGGAAGCGACAGUGGUUGUCAAUCUUGCCUCUCAAUGUUUGCAGUAUGAGCCCAGAGAGCGGCCUAAUAGAAAGGACCUUGUUGCGAGACUUGCUCCACUGCAGACCAAACCUGAUGUUCCAUCUUAUGUCAUGCUUGGAAUUCCGAAGCAUGAGGAAGCCCCACCAACCCCACAACGGCCCCUUUCAGCAAUGGGUGAGGCCUGCUCUCGAAUGGACCUCACAGCGAUCCAUCAGAUCUUGGUUAUGACGCACUACAGAGAUGACGAAGGAACCAAUGAGUUAUCCUUCCAAGAGUGGACUCAACAGAUGAGAGACAUGUUGGAAGCAAGGAAGCGAGGGGACUAUGCGUUUCGUGACAAAGAUUUUAAAGCUGCCAUUGACUGCUACUCCCAGUUCAUAGAUGUUGGAACUAUGGUGUCCCCCACUGUUUUUGCACGACGCAGUUUAUGCUAUCUGUUAAACGAGCAACCAGAUGCUGCCCUUCGAGAUGCAAUGCAAGCUCAAUGUGUCUAUCCAGAGUGGCCGACGGCCUUCUACAUGCAGUCAGUUGCUCUUGCCAAGCUGGACAUGCACAAGGACGCUGGUGACAUGUUAAAUGAAGCAACUACACUGGAAGAAAAGAGGCAAAGAGGUGGCAGGGGAUCAUGAUAAUCAACUUUGUAACGAGUGAUGACAUCUAUUAUUGAUCACUACCAAUUGGCAAUCGUUGUUGAGGCUACCAAAAAUUUGUAUAAAUCUGAGUUGGGAAACAAAAUUGUCUAUACAAUUGAGGAUGUAUUUAUAGAGAAACAACUUCUGUUGCCCCAUGAAUGUGUUUUGUUCCCUGUUUUUUGGGUCAUAUGCAAUAAGAAAAAGCGGCCAAACAAUGA